GCCCGAGGUUGGAGAUAGCCACAAAGUUUUGAGGACCGGAUCCCGUGCCAGCUGCAGAGACUCACUGAGCACAGUCGCCCCCGGGGCUAGGGUCCCGUGGUUGGCCCUGGAGGGCCGCAGCCCCCGCCUUCCCAUGUGCCCGCCCAGUCACCGGCGGCGGCGCCGCUGCUCCUGCCGCAGCGGCUGCUGCCCGCGCUGGACGCGAAGAGCUGGCGCUCUAAGCUAUUGAGCUGCUGGUCCGGAGAGGACUGGGCGGCCCAGCCGGCCACAAGGACGCCGGCGCCGGGGGACACACCAGCAUGAGGCGGAGAUUAAGGUGACAGUGUCAGGUGGAUCAACAGCCAUCCCACUGCCCACUCUGUUGGGCAGUGCUGAGAGUGGGGAAGCAUGGAAGAGAAGAAGCAUGAGACCACGAACCAAGCUCAUGUCCUCUUUGACCGGUUUGUCCAAGCCACUACCUGCAAGGGAACCCUCAAGGCCUUUCAAGAACUCUGUGACCACCUGGAACUGAAGCCUAAGGACUACCGUUCCUUUUAUCACAAGCUCAAGUCCAAGCUUAACUACUGGAAAGCUAAAGCUCUCUGGGCAAAGUUGGACAAACGGGGCAGUCACAAAGACUACAAAAAGGGAAAAGCAUGCACUAACACUAAGUGUCUCAUCAUUGGAGCUGGUCCCUGUGGUCUCCGCACAGCCAUUGACUUAUCCUUACUGGGAGCCAAGGUGGUGGUUAUUGAGAAGCGAGAUGCCUUCUCCCGCAACAAUGUCUUACAUCUCUGGCCCUUCACCAUACAUGAUCUUCGAGGUCUGGGUGCCAAGAAGUUCUAUGGCAAGUUCUGUGCUGGAGCCAUCGAUCAUAUCAGUAUACGUCAACUCCAACUAAUACUUUUGAAAGUAGCCUUGAUCCUAGGCAUCGAAAUACAUGUCAACGUAGAAUUCCAAGGACUUGUACAGCCUCCUGAAGAUCAAGAAAAUGAACGGAUAGGUUGGCGGGCACUGGUGCACCCCAAAACUCAUCCUGUAUCAGAGUAUGAAUUUGAAGUGAUCAUCGGUGGAGAUGGCCGUAGGAACACCUUGGAAGGAUUUCGUCGGAAAGAAUUUCGUGGCAAACUGGCCAUUGCCAUUACAGCGAAUUUUAUUAACCGAAAUACAACAGCAGAAGCCAAAGUGGAAGAGAUCAGUGGCGUGGCUUUCAUAUUCAACCAAAAAUUUUUCCAGGAGCUGCGAGAAGCUACAGGUAUUGAUUUGGAGAACAUCGUCUACUACAAAGAUGACACGCACUAUUUCGUUAUGACAGCCAAAAAGCAGAGUUUACUGGACAAAGGGGUGAUAUUGCAUGACUAUGCCGACACAGAGCUCUUGCUUUCCCGGGAGAACGUGGACCAGGAGGCAUUGCUGAACUAUGCCCGGGAGGCAGCUGACUUCUCUACCCAACAGCAGCUGCCCUCUCUGGAUUUUGCCAUCAAUCACUAUGGGCAGCCUGAUGUGGCUAUGUUUGACUUCACUUGUAUGUACGCCUCUGAGAACGCUGCCUUGGUACGGGAACAGAAUGGACACCAGUUAUUAGUGGCUCUGGUUGGGGAUAGCCUCCUAGAGCCUUUCUGGCCCAUGGGAACAGGAAUAGCCCGGGGCUUUCUAGCUGCUAUGGACUCUGCCUGGAUGGUACGAAGUUGGUCUCUAGGAACCAGCCCCUUGGAAGUCCUGGCAGAGAGGGAAAGCAUUUAUAGGUUGUUGCCUCAAACAACCCCUGAGAAUGUGAGCAAAAACUUCAGCCAGUACAGCAUCGACCCUGUCACUAGGUAUCCCAAUAUUAAUGUCAACUUCCUCCGGCCAAGCCAGGUGCGCCAUUUAUAUGAUACUGGAGAAACAAAAGAUAUUCAUUUGGAAAUGGAGAACCUAGUGAAUUCCCGAACUACCCCAAAGUUGACUCGCAAUGAAUCUGUAGCUCGUUCAAGCAAACUGCUGGGUUGGUGCCAAAGGCAGACAGAUGGUUACACAGGAGUAAAUGUGACAGAUCUCACCAUGUCUUGGAAAAGUGGCCUGGCCCUAUGUGCAAUUAUCCACAGAUACCGUCCUGAUCUGAUAGAUUUUGAUUCUUUGGAUGAACAAAAUGUGGAAAAGAAUAACCAGCUGGCCUUUGAUAUUGCUGAGAAGGAACUGGGCAUCUCUCCCAUCAUGACAGGCAAAGACAUGGCCUCUGUAGGGGAACCUGACAAGCUGUCCAUGGUGAUGUACCUGACUCAGUUCUAUGAGAUGUUUAAGGACUCACUCUCCUCCACUGACACCUUGGACUUGAAUGCUGAGGAGAAAGCAGUUCUGAUAGCCAGCACCAAAUCCCCUAUCUCCUUCCUGAGCAAACUUGGGCAGACCAUCUCUCGGAAGCGUUCUCCCAAGGAUAAAAAGGAAAAGGACUUGGAUGGGGCUGGAAAGAGGAGAAAGACCAGUCAAUCAGAGGAGGAAGAAACUUCCCGGGGCUACAGAGGAGAGAGACCAACACUGGUGAGCACUCUGACAGACAGGAGGAUGGAUGUUGCCAUUGGAAACCAGAACAAAGUGAAGUACAUGGCAACCCAGCUACUGGCCAAAUUUGAAGAGAAUGCUCCUGCACAGACCACAGGCAUACGGAGACAGCCGACACAAGAGCGUGGGGUCAGCCAGCCGACCAGCUGCCUGCCUGAGCAGGGUCUCCCUGCUCCCAUCCCCCAAUGGAAACAGCGACGGGAAAAGGAACGUUCUCGGACCUGCCCCAAAAAAGUGAUCACACUUUCUCCUCCCUCUACUUCGCCUGCCUGUCAGACAUACAGGGAUCUUGAUGCUGACAGCCGUGGCAAGCAGAGUCCCCGCCAUGAAAGGCCAGAACCUGAACCUUCUCGUCGAUUUUUUGUUGACCAGUGGGAGCUUUCUCUUAGUCUCCGCUCCUCCAACCGCCCUGCCUCUCCCUCCUCCGACUCCCUCCGACAGAAGUAUAUAAAGAUGUACACGGGCGGAGUGAGCUCAUUGGCUGAGCAGAUAGCCAAUCAGCUUCAAAGGAAAGAGCAGCCCAAAACCCUUCUAGACAAGAAGGAACUGGGCUCCAUAAAGAAGGAGUUCCCACAGAACUUGGGAGGCAGCGACACGUGCUAUUUCUGCCAGAAGCGGGUCUAUGUGAUGGAGAGAUUGAGUGCAGAGGGCAAGUUCUUCCACCGGAGCUGUUUUAAAUGCGACUAUUGUGCCACCACCCUGCGCCUCUCAGCCUAUGCCUAUGACAUCGAGGAUGGUAAAUUCUACUGUAAACCACACUACUGUUAUCGACUGUCUGGCUACGCGCAAAGGAAGAGGCCAGCUGUGGCUCCUUUGUCUGGAAAGGAGGCCAGAGGACACCUGCAGGAUGGCCCCACUGCAGACACAAAUGGACGGGCCAGUACCAUCACCAGCUCGGCUGAGAGAACUCCAGGUUCCAGUGUGAAUGGCCUGGAGGAGCCCAGCAUUGCCAAGAGGCUGAGGGGCACCCCUGAGAGAAUCGAGCUGGAGAACUACCACCGGUCUGUGAAACGGGCAGAGGAACUGGAGGAGGUACCUGAGGAAACACAAGCUGAGCACAACCUGAGCAGUGUACUGGACAAGGGCACCGAAGAGGAUGUUGCCAGCAGCAGUUCUGAGUCGGAGAUGGAGGAAGAAGAGGAGGAGGACGAGGAGGAGGACCAGCUGCCCACCUCUGACCUGGGUGGUGUUCCUUGGAAAGAGGCUGUAAGGAUCCAUGCUCUUCUGAAAGGGAGGAGUGAGGAAGAGUUAGAGGCCUCCAAGAGCUUUGGGCCUAGGGAGGAGGAAGAAGAGGAGGAGGAGGAAUAUGAAGAAGAAGAGGAGGAAGAAUAUGACGAAGAGGAGGAAGAGUCCAGUGAAGAAGGGGAGUAUUGCCCCUGGGACAGAGAACUCCUGCAAGGCCAGUGGCUCCAGCAUCUCUCAAAGGAAGAAGAAACGGGUACACGUAAAGCUGGGAACCACAGGCUACAGCAGAUAAUAAAUCCAGCGGAUCCCUUGGCGAUCCAGGCUGAUGUGCACUGGACCCACAUUCGUGAGAAAGAGGAGGAAGAGAGAAUGGUCCCAACCUCUGAAUCUUCCACUUCUAGAGUGCCUGGCCUUCCUUCCAUACGCCGUGCAGCAGUGCAGGCCUGGCUGGAGACGGUCUCCGGAGCCCCUUUGGAUGAGAAUGACCUGGAGGAAGAUGUGGACUCGGAACCAGCAGAGAUAGAAGGGGAGGCAGCAGAGGAUGGGGACCCUGGGGACACUGGUGCUGAGCUGGAUGAUGAUCAGCAUUGGUCUGAUGACAUCCCAUCAGAUGCUGAAAUGGAACUUCGCUUACAACGCCAGGCUGAAGUAGAGGCAGAGUUAGAGCUGAAGGUAGCAGAGCACGAGGAGGAAAAGCCAUCUACCUUACCAGUGCAACAAGAGAGAGGUCCUUCCCAAGUCUCCAGCCCCAUUCGGUCCCCUCAGGAACAAGCCAUUCUUUCCUUCCCAGCAUCCAGCCACAUGGCAGAGGGGCCCCAAGUCCCACUUGCCUCUGUUGCCACCAAGAUGAAAUCCCCUGAGGAGCACCUUUUCUCUGACCCUCUGCUCCCCAAAGAGAAGCCCAAAGCUGAAGUUCCCCUGGAUCAAAAGGCUGCACCCCCUCCCAUCCGGUCACAGCCGAUAUCUCUGCCAGAACCAAGGACACCUACCUCACCUAUGAGCUCACAGUUUGUGGCUCAGGCGGCCCCUUCUGCACCCCACUCGACCCAGCUCCCCAUUUGCUCUCAGCCUCAGCCUUCCUCAGAGGCCACCAUCCCAUCCCCCACUGAGUCCCCCAUACGCUUCCAGCCUGUUCCAGCCAAAGCUUCCACCCCUCUAACCCCCCUCCCCAUGAAGAGCCAAGGUGAUCCCAAGAACAGACUGGAUAGCCCUCUUGCUGUGGAUGAAGCCCUGAAACGGAGUGACCUGGUGGAAGAGUUUUGGAUGAAGAGCGCCGAGAUCCGCCGCAGCCUGGGACUCACACCUGUAGAGCGGAAGAAGGGGCCUGAGUCCAGCCUCCCUUCGCCUGCCUUCAAGCCAGUAUCCCUAAAAUCCUUUUCAGUUGAGAAGUCCCCUCAGGAUGAAGGACUUUGUCUUCUGAAACCUCCACCUGUUCCUAAAAGACUGGGCUUGCCAAAGUCAGAUGGUGACCAACCCUCCCUGCUGACUCCCAAAUCACCAUCUGACAGGGAGCUGAGAAGCUCCCAUGAGGAAAGGAGGGAUCAGUCCAGCAGCUCUGGCCUGGGCCUUCAUGGCAGUUCCUCCAACAUGAAGACCUUGGGCAGCCAGAGCUUUAACACCUCAGACUCCACCAUGCUCACCCCACCUUCAAGCCCACCCCCACCCCCACCCCCAGACGAGGAGCCCGCAACCCUCCAAAGAAAGCCCUAUCAGAUAUUUGAGCGUAAAGAAACUGAGCCCAAAACCUCUGUUAUCCCACCUCUCCCACCCGCCACAUUUAUGCGGCCCCCUCGAGAGCCUGCCCAACCCCCCAGGGAGGAGGUACGUAAGUCAUUUGUAGAGAGUGUGGAUGAAAUCCCCUUUGCCGAUGACGUGGAGGACACUUAUGAUGACAAGACUGAGAACUCAAGUCUGCAGGAAAAGUUCUUCACACCCCCUUCCUGCUGGCCCCUCCCAGAGAGGGCCCUCCAUCCACCUCUGGCCAAAGAGAAUGGGCGACUGCCUUCUCUGGAGAGUAGUGCCCAGCUGCAGAAGAGGGGGCUGCCCUUGGUCUCUCCAGAAGCCAAGGAGCUGGCCGAGGAACGCAUGCGAGCCCGGGAAAAGUCUGUGAAGAGCCAGGCACUGAGAGAUGCCAUGGCCAAGCAGCUGAGUAGGAUGCAGGAGAUGGAGAUGGCAGCUGGGGCCUCCAAGUCCCACAAGGCUUCCUCAGCACCCUCCCAGGGCAAACAACUUUUGACUGAGUCCUCCAAACCCCCAGGUCUCAGAGGCUCUGAGGAGCCCACUCUGAAACACAAAGCCACUAGUGAGGAGGUCCUCUCCCCUCCAUCAGACUCAGGGGGCCCAGAUGGUUCUGUCACUUCUUCCGAGGGCUCCAGUGGGAAGAGCAAGAAGAGGUCAUCCCUCUUCUCCCCCCGCAGAAACAAGAAAGAGAAGAAGCCCAAAGGGGAGGGCCGACCCACAGAGAAACCCAGCUCAAGCCUUCUGGAGGAAGCAGCCACCAAACCCAAGUCCUUGUGGAAAUCAGUCUUUUCUGGGUAUAAGAAGGACAAGAAGAAGAAGGGCGAUGAGAAGUCCUGCUCCAGCACCCCAUCCAGUGGUGCUACUGUGGACUCUGGGAAGCACAGGAUGUCUCCUAUCGUUAGAGCAGAGCUGCAACUCCGGCGCCAGUUGAGUUUCUCAGAGGACUCAGACCUCUCCAGUGAUGACAUCCUUGAGAGGUCUUCCCAGAAGUCCAGGCGAGAGUCGAUUUAUGUACCACACGCCUUGGCAUUCAGGAGAUCCUAUUCAUCAAAGCCAAGAACCUACACAGAGGAGGAGCUGAAUGCCAAGCUGACCCGGCGUGUGCAGAAGGCAGCUCGGAGACAGGCCAAGCAGGAGGAGCUCAAGCGGCUCCACCGAGCCCAGAUCAUCCAACGGCAACUAGAGCAGGUGGAAGAAAAGCAGAGGCAGCUGGAGGAGAGAGGGGUUGCGGUGGAGAAGGCACUCCGAGGCGAAGCAGACUAUUGGGGAGAGUCUUAUUACAGUGACCUCAUCGACUUGCAUCUGGGUGUUGAGCCCAGUGGCGGGACUCCACGGCGUAGACCUCUCUCCUUCUGCCCUUGCUGUGUCCAGGAAGGCAUGGGCAAAAAGGAUGACCCUAAGCUGAUGCAGGAGUGGUUCAAGCUGGUGCAAGAAAAAAACGCCAUGGUGCGCUAUGAGUCUGAGCUGAUGAUUUUUGCCCGGGAGUUAGAGCUAGAAGAUCGGCAGAGCCGACUGCAGCAGGAACUGCGGGAGCGAAUGGCAGUGGAAGAUCACCUGAAGACCGAGGAGGAGUUGUCAGAGGAGAAGAAGAUCCUGAAUGAGAUGUUGGAAGUCGUGGAGCAGAGAGACUCUCUGGUGGCCCUGCUAGAGGAGCAGCGGCUCAGGGAAAAAGAGGAGGACAAGGACCUGGAGGCAGCCAUGCUGUCAAAGGGCUUCAGCCUGAACUGGUCCUGAGCUUGUGUCCGUUCUGCUGCUUGGAAUAUCAGCAUCCAUCUGGCUGUGUUCUCCGAGACCAUGUGGAUCUAAGGUCCAAGGAAGUCUGGCACCUCCUGGGAGUUUACACUUAGCCACCCACAUGCUCAUGUGCUGUGGUGAAACCCCAGGUGAUGAUGAUUAUCUGAGGUGACUCCACUUCCUGAGAAGAGGCCCACAUGGGUGUAUGGUGCAGUGCGGGAACCCCGCACGGUCCCUAAGGACCUACUGCCUGGCACCCCUUCCUUCCACCGGCACGUUUGGUAAGAGAAGGAAGCUGCUCCUUCUCUUCAAAGACACCGCCACCACAGAGAGCACCCCGCAGAGCAGGGCAGCUGCCUUCUUCAUGCUCCCUGAAGCACCACCAAAGAAAGAAAAAAAAACACCCCACAAGCAAGACAUGGAUGGAGACUUGGGAGAGGGGCAAUGACCAGUCAGGGCAGUGACCACCCCAGCAUUGUAGGAGAAGCUGAGGAAUAGGCAGGCAAGUUAUGAGAAUGCAGGAGGGGUCUGGCUCCAGGCCCCACACCAUACACUGGACCUCAAGUGGCCAAAUGCCCCAGGCCUCUCUCUGGCUGAGGCCCGAGGCCCAUGGAUUGCUGCAUUUUGCUUUUAGUUCACAACCAUUUUGACACUGGAAAGUACUAACUUUGGGGGCUGGAGAACCCUACACUUCAAGUCCCCCAUUGACCGACAGGCAUUGUCACAGUUCAGCGCUUCACAGCGGGGGCAGGAGAUUCCCUUCUUCCUUGGCGUUUUUCCUGUGUUUGCACAUUGAAAUGAAGCUGAGGACCUGGCAAGAUGCUCAGCCACUUCAGAUCUUUUUUGUCAAUUAACUUAUUUUUUUAAUACUUGAAAAGAAGCAACUUCAUUUUUAUAUCUUUACUAGAGACACUGAUCACCUGGCACCUGCGUGUAGGGGUAACAGAGGUCUGCUCCAUCCUACACAGCCUGAUUCAAAACUGACCGAACGCUUGUUACAUGCAUCUAUUUAUUAGCCUUCUUCAUAGUGUUAAAAACUGAUCUGGUUGCAUCAGGGAGCAGCUUGAGACCCUCUGGGUCCUUGCUCACAGCUUUUCUGUCCCCCUGUAACUGUCCAGCCCUCUCCUCCCCCACUGGCAUCCUGCUCUUGCUAUGGCUCUGGACUUUUACAUCUGAACCACUCACUUGUCAAGGAUACAUUUCAGCACUAUCGGUGGCAGUGCUAAAAGGCAAAGAUGCCAUGCUGGUCUCUCCCUGUUGGAAUGUUGGCUCUAUAGGACCCAUUUUUUUCUCAGUCUUGGUGCCAGGGUUCACCUCCCUCCACACAUAUGUUAAAGAAGAUUUGGGGGUAAAGCCCUUUUUCAGCUGGCUGAGACAAUGUAGAUGGCUCCUUGUGAUCUGUCUGAUAGGAAUUCCCUCAGCCUAGAUGAAAGUCUAGCCAGACAGGAACACAUGUACUGCUGCCAGUAUCAGCAUUUAGUCUGGUCUCUCACAGACAGGCAACUCCAGCCCUCUCUUCCCUCCCCUGAAUUAGAAUCUUCUUGGGGUGGCAAGGGCUAAUAAAUACCAUGUAACUAGCUCUGCAAGUCAAACUGUUCAUUUCUCAUGGUUCAGUCAGAGAACAGGUGUGUACAACUCAUCAAGCCACUGACUAAGAAGGUCAAGGCUGGGAGGUGCUUGUCUAUUAAAGAAUUAGCACACAGUCAUCCCAGAGAUGAUCUCAUCAGUGCCAGGCCAGUCUCAAAGGGGCACUCCAGCUGACUCCUGAUGGGAAGGGCUGGUGUAGAAUGAACAGGCCUGGCAGUUCUUCAGGUGUCCUUGGGGCAGGACAGGCCAAGGGUCCAUGCUGACCAUGGACUUCCCAUGGGAACCACACUGUGCCUCAACUCGAACAUUCAUUUUAACUACAAAGGAGCAAAGAACCUGUCUUAUUCUUCACUUUGUGUAAAAGCUGCCAUCUAUCUCCUGUGGAAAUCCAGAUGUGCUGCUAACAACCAUCACAACUCUGAAUUCUUCACUUCCUGGUCUCUGAUGAGGCAACAUCUCCAUUUUUAUUCUCUGUUCCUAAAAGUGGGGAGGAAGGUGUUCUAGAUUCCAUCUUCACACCCCAAUCUUCCAGUAAAAUUGGACUUGGGACAAGACUGUCAUUGCCUUUGUGGCCUUUUCCUAACCCUCUCCUCUUGAAUGCCACCAUAACAGUCAAGCCCUGGCAGAGCUGCCUCUGUCCCUGUCACUCCUGCUAACCCCAGAACUAGGAAGUGGUUUCUAAAGUGAUGUGGCAAUAGUGCUGUGCUUCAAAUGGCCUCAGGCAGCAGAAACACCAGGUUUCCUUCUGCCUCUUGCUGCUGGCCAGUCCCAGCCAACCAUGGCAUCACUUCAUCCUUCAAAGCACAUGCUGCUGCCUACUGUCACUCAAAAGGGGGCUGAAGAUGGCAAAGAGGCCUCAAUCAGCCUGUAAAAUGUCCCCCGGUUUUCUACUCCUGACAGUGUUAAGGCUUCAGGCUCUCAUAGAGCACUUUUUUUUUUUUUUUUUUUUUUAAAAAAAAAAAGCUCCAGUUUGUCAAACCACUAGUUUGCAGUUGAUUUUAGUGAUCUGGUGACUUGCUACAUGAAAUGUUUUCCACCUCUGGAAAUGCAUGCAGCUCCAAAGCAGAUUUUCUUCUGAAGAAUUAAGUCUUCCCUUGAAGGCAGGGAAGUGAGUAUAUAUAUAUACAUGCACACGCAAAAUGCCAGAGUUCAUCUGAGUAAACCCAGGCACAAGUUUAAGUACAGUUGGGGAUCCACAUUCAGCGUCCCUAGUGGGCAGAAGACAGCCCCCAACCCCCAAGUCUGAAACUGGCCAGCAGCUCUAUGUGGGAUUCCAACCCCUUGCUCAGUUAGUGUCUUCGGGCCUUUGCCCCCAGCAGCCACUCUAAAGCUGAUUUUGACCAGCAAUGAUAGACUAUUCUUAACCCUUUCAAAGGAAAAGAUUUUUUUUCAAUGGGGCAGAAAGGAGGAAAGAGUUAAACAAAAAUAAAUUUACAAGUUGAGGGUGUAGCUCAGUGGUAGAGUGUGUGCUUAGCAUGCAUGAGGCCCUGGGUUCCAUCCCUAGUGCUGCCAAGAAAGAAAAUUUAAAAGGUGGUAAUAUCUGACCCACAAAGGGAAAUGUUCUGUUUUAUGCGCAAUAAAAGUUUUUGAAAUA